AUGAAAACAGGCUUAACCAUCUUGCAGCUGUCCUUUUGCCUCAGCCUAAUCGUGGUUGUAUCCCUAUCUAUGGGGAUGCGUCCAGAAACGUGUGACCAGUACGAGUGUCCAACCUACGAAAUGCCAGAAGCCGGAAAUGGCUACGAGAUCUGUGUGUAUAAAUCUGCGGUCUGGAUGUCCACUGGGUCUAUCCCUGCCCCAUCCAUGACUGAAGCCUCCAAAACCGGUUUCCAAUGGUAA